CUCCUCGGACCGAACUACCUCCAUGCCUCGACGCAAGCCAACCUCGACACGCCAAAAGAAACAAGAGCAGCAGUUGAAACGUGCAAUAAAGCGCGGUGAUGUAGACUCCAAUAGUGUUCCGAAACAGAACCCGACGAAACGCAAAAAGUCGCAUCUUGUUCGUUCACUGCCACCUUCCGAGACAACCAGAAAGCUACAGUCGACGUUUGUCAAGUUGCCUCCGGAAUUCUUGGAACAAGCGAAAUUUCUUGCCGCUACUCUCGUGCUUCCUCGGCCAAUUCCAACUAGCUCGGCUAUUCUCUCUUUACAAGAGUAUCGCUUUCCAGCGCCGUUGGACACUCUGAGCUGUCCAAAAAGGCCGAAAUGGCGUUACGAUAUGUCCAAGGAAGAGGUAGAACGCAACGAGGAGGGUCUGUUCAAUAAAUGGCUCACCCAAACUGAUGCGAUGGUGGAGAGAUGGCAGAAGAACACCGAAAACUGGAGAGAGGAAGAUGGCAACGAGGAGCCAAAGAUUCAGGCUCCUCCUACCUCAAUGCCCCGUUCAACGACCUAUUUCGAACGAAAUAUAGAGGUCUGGCGUCAAUUUUGGCGAGUAACAGAAAUUUCGGACAUCAUCCUUGUUCUCCUAGACUCACGCUGUCCCCUUAUUCACUAUCCGCCCUCUCUGUCCGCCUAUCUCUCAGAUAGAAAACACAUAUUAGUCCUAACCAAGGUGGACAUAACAGGUCCUGAGCGUGUACAGGCUUGGACACGGUAUCUCCGUGAUUGCUAUCCUGGUGUUCCCAUAGUGGAAGUCGAGGCAUACGCAGCAAGGGAUCCAAGCGCCGUUCAUCAGGGACAAAAAAGAUUCGAUCCUCAUCUUCCGGAUGGUUUCAGACAGAGGCUCGUGCAAAUUUUGCAAGAGGUUCAUGCUGAGAUGCUCGAUCCUCCAGAAAGAGUGAAAGUAAAUCCUCGAUGGUUGAAGGAUUGGAGGCCGUCGGUCAAACGAGAAAUUGAUUGGGCCGGGGUCAAGAAUGAAAGGGGAGGGAAAACAGGAAUGCUAACUGGUGGUCCAGCUAUUCCACGAAGUGAGAUUUCAGAAGAGCAAGAUUCUCCGGAGCUAGAACCUCGAUUCCUGACGAUCGGCUUGAUUGGUCAGCCUAACGUGGGCAAAUCCUCCCUUCUGAAUGCUUUAUUUGGCACUCAGAAAGUCCAUGCAUCCAAAACACCAGGGAAGACAAAACAUUUUCAAACACUCUUCUGGACACCGGAGGUCCGUCUUGUAGAUUGUCCCGGUCUUGUCGUGCCGAAUUUUAUCCCCAUGGAACUGCAGGUACUUUCCGGCAUUCUUCUCAUCUCGCGUAUCUCAUCAAUACCGUCUUGCAUACAUUUUGUUGGCGAACGCCUACCUAUCGAGGAAAUAUAUCAUCUGGAACACCCAGUUUCCAAGUUGCCCGUAACCAAAGAUAAACGGACAUGGCGCAAUGGUGAGAAGCGCGUGGUCGCAAGGUCGACUAAAUGGACUGCAAUGGAUGUGAUGAGUGCUUAUGCCGACAAAAAAGGUUGGGUCACAGCAAAAGCAGGGAGGAUGGAUGUGAACCGCGCUGGCAACGCAAUUCUUAGAGCAUUGGCAGAAACCAGAAUCCCUUGGGCAUUCUGGCCUCCGGAUACGAAAGAAGAUGAGGUUCUUCGCGCUGGAAAGGAGGGAGAAGGCAUCUGGAUUCUUGGGAAUGGCGACUCAUAUGAUGAUGAAGCAUCGGCGGCCGAUGAAGAGCCAGAAACUGAGACCCCCAGCGAAACCUCGGACUCUCAUGAUGACAGCUGGCCAGUACAGGUAGUUCUUGGAAGGUUUGCAGCACUGGACUUUGUUGACUCAGAUGGCACGAAUGAGAAUUCGUAGAAAAAAAUAUGUCCCGGCCCGUACUCAUGUCACUUUCGCCUUGCUUUUUUCCGAAGUUCAGGUUCGCAGUAGACGACCGUCGGGCUAAGAAGUUUGUCUCGCGACAAUCCACUAUAUUUCUCCGUCUCCGUCUUGUGUGAUUAGGACCAGGGCAACUGCGUAACAUUCUCGUGCAGGUCAUCAGACUCUGACUGCUUGUGGACAUUGUCUCGAUCCGGUUGCUUUCACCCAAUUCUUUUCAGGAUUCUCGGAAAACCAGUGUGACAAUGCGGAUUGUG